UUAGUACUCCUAAGCCGUCCCUUUUGAAUUAGCUCCUUCACAUCCAACCUUCAUUCUACGAAACAUCCCUCAAUUUCCAAAACCCUUAUAAAACCCAAAUCCCAUAUCUCCAUUCCUUACUCGAAUUCUACAACCUCUGCAUUCUUUUUUGAAGUCAUCAUCCAUUUGCUUCGUGUUCUUGUUCCAGUGCAACAUGAAGACUAAAACACGUUCUACUAGCAAGCUGGCACGUUGCGUCAGGGCGCCUAUUCGGGUUCUCUGCAGGGCCCGAGACUUCUAUGUCAAGAGCAUGACCGACUACGCUGGGAGGGUGCACUGUGGUGCAACCACCUUACCCAAAAGCUUUAGUGUAGGUUCGUCGAGGAGAAGCGACGACGAGGACCUACGAACGUUGAUGAGGAUAGCCUCUCAGAGAAGCCAACGGGAAAAUGAGGAGAAGCCUGUACGGGCUACACACACGGUAGCAUCGAAGGGUUUGCCUAAGAGUUUCAGUGUGGGGAUGGGGAAAAUUGAUGAAGAAACGCCUUGUGAUUUUGAAGAGGAUGUGAAGGUGGAUUCUGCUGCAGUUUUGUAUCCGAGGAGCCGAAGCUAUGCUGUGGGAAAUAGAAGAAUUGGUUUGCAAUCUUUGUGAAAUAAGAUUUAAGUUUGUAGGGGAUAAAAAAGCUUAGCAAGUUGGUUUUGAUUUUUUUUCUAAGUUGCAUUUUCUGAGGCUAUUGAAUCGCAAUCGAACACUACAGUUUUAGAUUUCAACUCUCUUUAAGAUUCCGUCUCAUAUUUUCGAUCUUGUAAAUCGAAUACAAAAGAGUUGUGAAUCAUGUUGUAUUUGCCAGGGAAAUUGUAAUGCUUUAUCAUUUAAACCAAGUAUUUUGCGUGGCACAA